AUGCAGCUGGCUUCUUAUCUUUGUCCAAUUUGUGAAGUGCAGCAUGAGUGUCAUGAGCAUUUAUUUUUUCAGUGUCAGUUUGCUCAACAGGUGAGGAAUGGUGUGGCUGGUUGGCUGGGCAGUGUGGUUUGGCCUGAGUGUUUUCAUGAAUGGAUUAAAUGGAUGGAGGGGAAGCCGAAGGGAAUUCAGCAGAAGGUUGUUGCUGCUGGGUUAGCUGCCUCUGUUUAUCUGGUUUGGUGGAACAGAAACCAGUGCUUGUUUAACUCCUUUUCUGUUUCUGUUUGUAAGGUUGUUUCUCUGGUGCAAGAUUGUGUUAGGGCUAGAGUUUCGAUUUUGUCUAAGGCUAAGAUGAAGAGUUCUGAUAUUGUCUUUGUUAAAAACCUGAAUCUGAUGUAA